CCCGGGAACGUGUGGCCCCCAGGGCAGAGGAGGGGGCUGGCGGGGGCAACUCCUGGGGUACCUGCGGCCUCUCUUCGGCCAGACUUCGCCCGUCCGCUGCGGUCCCCGGAGCUUUCCCACUCCCCCCCCCCGCGCACCCCCGAAGUUUCUGGGGGUUGGGGCUUUUCUGCGUCCCUCCCCCAGCAUCCCACCUCCUGGCUUUGAAGGACGACCCCUCAUAGAGAAGACCCACCCGGCUGCUCACGCCUUUCCCGCUCAGACCCCACAGUGACCCGCCAUGACCUCAGAGUGAGCUAGUGACCGACUGUGGCACUCUGAGGCCUGGGGUGUUGUAUCCUAAUUUACUGACCCAUAGCUGCUUGCUGCCAUUAUGGGAAAUCAGCUUGCUGGCAUAGCACCUUCGCAGAUCCUCUCUGUGGAGAGUUAUUUUUCGGACAUCCAUGACUUUGAGUAUGAUAAAAGCCUGGGGAGUACUCGAUUUUUUAAAGUUGCUAGAGCAAAGCACCGAGAAGGUCUGGUGGUUGUGAAGGUCUUUGCAAUUCAGGAUCCAACAUUGCCAUUAACCAGCUAUAAACAAGAGCUGGAGGAACUGAAAAUCAGGCUUCAUUCUGCACAGAAUUGUCUACCUUUUCAGAAAGCAGCAGAAAAAGCAUCUGAGAAAGCAGCCAUGCUCUUCCGGCAAUAUGUGCGAGACAACCUUUAUGAUCGCAUCAGCACCCGCCCCUUCUUAAAUAAUAUUGAGAAACGUUGGAUCGCGUUCCAGAUCCUGACAGCUGUGGACCAAGCGCACAAAUCUGGAGUCCGUCACGGGGACAUCAAGACUGAGAAUGUAAUGGUCACCAGUUGGAACUGGGUCCUUCUAACUGAUUUUGCCAGUUUUAAACCCACUUAUCUUCCAGAGGACAACCCAGCAGACUUCAACUAUUUCUUUGACACUUCACGGAGGAGAACGUGCUAUAUUGCUCCGGAACGUUUUGUUGAUGGUGGGUUAUUUGCCACCGAGUUAGAACAUAUGAGAGAUCCUUCAACUCCACUUGUAGACUUAAAUAGCAAUCAGAGAACAAGAGGAGAGUUGAAGCGAGCAAUGGACAUCUUCUCAGCAGGUUGUGUAAUAGCUGAACUUUUUACAGAAGGCGUGCCACUGUUUGAUCUUUCUCAACUUUUGGCUUAUAGAAAUGGACAGUUUUUCCCUGAACAAGUGCUAAAUAAAAUAGAAGAUGGCAGUAUCAGAGAAUUGGUAACUCAGAUGAUUCACCGAGAACCAGAUAAACGGUUAGAGGCAGAAGAUUACUUAAAGCAGCAGCGCGGCAAUGCCUUUCCUGAGAUAUUUUACACUUUCCUUCAGCCAUACAUGGCUCAGUUUGCCAAGGAAACAUUUCUCUCUGCAGAUGAGCGUAUUCUGGUUAUACGGAAGGAUUUGGGCAACAUCAUUCACAAUCUCUGUGGACAUGAUCUGUCGGAAAAAACAGAAGGCGAGCCGAAGGAAAAUGGACUGGUCAUCUUGGUGUCUGUUAUAACAUCUUGCCUACAGACCCUUAAAUACUGUGAUUCCAAACUUGCUGCUUUGGAACUAAUUCUCCAUUUGGCCCCAAAAUUAAGUGUAGAAAUUCUUUUGGAUCGUAUUACUCCCUACCUUUUGCAUUUCAGCAAUGACUCUGUUCCUCGAGUGAGGGCUGAAGCCUUGAGGACGUUGACCAAAGUUCUUGCUCUUGUCAAAGAGGUUCCUCGAAAUGAUAUUAACAUCUACCCAGAAUAUAUUCUGCCAGGCAUAGCUCAUUUAGCCCAAGAUGAUGCUACUAUUGUUAGGCUAGCCUAUGCUGAAAACAUAGCUUUGCUGGCAGAAACAGCUUUGAGAUUUCUGGAAUUAGUACAAUUAAAAAAUCUCAAUAUGGAAAAUGACCCAAAUAGUGAAGAAAUAGAAGAAGUUUCACAUCCCAAUGGAAAUUAUGACACAGAGCUUCAAGCCCUACAUGAAAUGGUCCAGCAGAAAGUUGUCACUUUGUUAAGUGAUCCUGAAAAUAUCGUGAAACAAACCUUAAUGGAAAAUGGAAUAACCCGGCUGUGUGUGUUUUUUGGACGUCAGAAAGCCAAUGAUGUUUUAUUGUCCCAUAUGAUCACUUUCCUAAAUGACAAGAAUGAUUGGCAUCUACGUGGUGCUUUUUUUGAUAGUAUAGUUGGUGUUGCUGCUUAUGUUGGCUGGCAAAGCUCAUCAAUUCUCAAACCCCUGCUACAACAAGGACUUAGUGAUGCUGAGGAAUUUGUUAUUGUGAAAGCUCUUAAUGCCCUUACCUGUAUGUGCCAGUUAGGGCUGCUGCAAAAACCACAUGUAUAUGAAUUUGCCAAUGAUAUUGCUCCCUUCCUGUGCCAUCCCAAUCUGUGGAUCCGCUACGGUGCUGUGGGGUUCAUCACAGUGGUAGCUCAUCAGAUAAGCACCGCUGAUGUCUACUGCAAACUGAUGCCUUACCUUGACCCGUACAUUACCCAACCCAUUAUACAGAUUGAAAAGAAACUUGUUCUACUCAGUGUUUUAAAAGAGCCAGUGAGCCGUUCUAUAUUUGAUUAUGCAUUGAGGUCUAAAGAUAUCACUAGCUUGUUCAGACAUCUUCACCUGCGCCAAAAGAAACGAAAUGGAUCUCUUCCUGACUGCCCUCCACCUGACGAUCCUGCCAUAGCACAGCUUUUGAAGAAACUCAUUUCACAGGGAAUGACAGAGGAAGAGGAAGACAAACUUUUGGCACUGAAAGACUUCAUGAUGAAAUCUAAUAAAGCAAAGGCCAAUAUAGUAGACCAGAGCCAUCUUCAUGACAGUAGUCAGAAAGGUGUGAUUGACUUGGCAGCCCUGGGCAUAACUGGGAGGCAAGUUGACCUUGUUAAAACCAAGCAAGAACCAGAUGACAAGCGAGCCAGAAAACAUGUGAAACAAGACUCCAAUGUAAAUGAAGAAUGGAAAAGCAUGUUUGGGUCACUGGAACCAGCAAACAUCCCACAGGCCUUACCUAAAGGGGGUGACCAGGAGGUAAUUCAGACUGGGAAGCCUCCUCGUUCUGAGUCCUCCGCUGGCAUUUGUGCCCCUUUGUCAACUUCUCCACAGGUUCCAGAAGUGACAGUUGUCCAAAAUAGAAAACCAACAAUACAGGUUUUAAGUAGUACAAUUUUACCGUCCACCUACCAGAUUCGGAUCACAACUUGCAAAACAGAACUCCAGCAGCUCGUACAGCAGAAGCGGGAGCAGUGCACAGCGGAGAGGAUAGCCAAGCAGAUGAUGGAGAACGCCGAGUGGGAGAGUAAACCACCACCGCCGGGAUGGCGUCCCAAAGGGCUACUUGUUGCACAUCUUCAUGAACACAAAUCUGCUGUGAAUCGAAUUAGAGUCUCUGAUGAACACUCACUGUUUGCUACAUGUUCAAAUGACGGCACAGUGAAAAUCUGGAACAGUCAAAAGAUGGAGGGGAAGACAACCACUACCAGGUCUAUUCUUACAUAUAAUCGGAUCGGAGGGCGCGUCAAGACGCUGACGUUCUGCCAGGGCUCCCACUACCUGGCCAUCGCGUCUGACAACGGGGCUGUCCAGCUUCUAGCAAUUGAGGCAUCUAAGCUGCCCAAGUCUCCUAAGAUCCAUCCUCUACAAAGCAGGAUUCUAGACCAGAAGGAAGAUGGCUGCGUGGUGGACAUGCACCACUUCAACUCCGGGGCCCAGUCUGUUCUGGCCUACGCCACCGUGAACGGCUCUCUGGUCGGCUGGGACCUCAGGUCUUCAAGCAACGCGUGGACACUAAAGCACGAUUUGAAGUCUGGCCUCAUCACUUCCUUUGCUGUGGACAUCCACCAGUGCUGGCUCUGCAUCGGAACAAGCAGCGGCACUAUGGCUUGUUGGGACAUGAGGUUCCAGCUGCCAAUUUCUAGUCACUGCCACCCUUCCAGAGCUCGGAUCAGGCGCCUUUCAAUGCAUCCUUUGUAUCAGUCCUGGGUGAUUGCAGCUGUGCAGGGCAACAACGAGGUGUCCAUGUGGGACAUGGAGACCGGUGACAGGAGAUUCACCCUCUGGGCGAGCAGCGCACCUCCACUUUCUGAGAUACAGCCGUCUCCUCACAGUGUCCAUGGGAUCUACUGUAGUCCUGCAGAUGGAAAUCCCAUCCUGCUAACAGCUGGUUCAGACAUGAAAAUAAGGUUUUGGGACUUGGCUUACCCAGAGAGGUCCUAUGUUGUUGCAGGAAGUACUACUUCUCCAUCUGUGUCCUACUACAGGAAGAUAAUUGAAGGCACUGAAGUCGUCCAGGAAAUUCAGAAUAAGCAGAAGGUAGGACCGAGUGAUGAUACGCCUCGGAGGGGCCCAGAGUCUUUGCCUGUGGGUCACCAUGACAUCAUCACUGAUGUCGCCACGUUCCAGACAACACAGGGCUUCAUCGUCACCGCUUCUAGAGAUGGGAUUGUUAAGGUGUGGAAGUGAAAACCUAGUGAUUUGUAUAAUUUGUAAUAAAGUUAUAAAUACACUCAAGAGAACAGGUAUUUUUAGAGAACAGAAGCAAGAAGAGAUUCAUUUUGAUUAAUUUUUAAAAAAUCAUGUUACUGUUUUAUGAUAAAACAAAUCCCACCCAAGGUGGUUAAGGAAGUUGCACUCAUCUGCUCGUGUGUAUCUCUGCGAGAGUCCGCCAGGCCAGUGUCAGGUGAUUUGAUGUCACAGAGGUAAGGAAUUUAAAGUGCUAAGACAUAUCUGUUUACUUUGUAUUGAAAAGGAUGGCUGUAAGCUACGAACACAUUUUUGCUAUUAAAAAUGCUAUUCAAACUAGCCAAUAAACUAUAUUCAAACAUCUUA